AUGCGGACGACCUCCCCGCGCAUCCACACCUACCACUGCCUCUGCACGCACCUCCUGCUCGCCAGCACACACCCGCUCUCCUCGCUGCCCCGACGCGGCCAGUCUAGCCUCGACAAAGCUUAUAUUCUGGCCCUACCGCCUCCACCCCGCCACGAAUCCCCUAUCGCAGAUGCUGAAAGCAGCGACGAGGACGGCGAGGACGACGGCAAUAAAAACGACGCGGGACUUGGGGGCCCAAGCGCAACGACACUCCGCUCACCCGCAGCCAACAACUACGCCCUCCUUCUCUCCACAGUCCUCGACCGCAAGCCAGUCGUCGUGACGCGUGCCGACGGCUUUGAGAAGCGCUAUCUGCAGCGCUGUAGACGGUGCAGGCUGGUGGUUGGGUAUCAGCUAGACCAGGCGCAGUUUGCCGACGCCCCCGUAGCGACGGUGGGGAUGGAGUCGGGGCUGGGGAGAAGAGAGGAUGUGAUCUAUUUGCUGCCCGGGGGGUUGCUGAGUACAGAGGAUAUGGCUGCGGGGAAGACUACAAGUGGAGAUGAUGUUGGAUUUGGGUUGGGAGGCUGA